CACUGACAACGCCUUCGGAGAGGUUGAGGCCGAGCCGCCGAGCAGAGACGCCCAGCGAAGCAGCAGCGGCGAGAAAGCCCUCCGUCGGUCGCGGCCGUCGCCCGCCGCUGCCGAUCGAACCCCGUCGAGCCUAGCCGAGCCGAGUCGCGCUCUCCCCGAUCCGGGCGGCCGCGGCGCCGGCAUGGCGCGGUUCGAGGUGAACGGCAAGUCGGUGCAGGGCGUGGACCUGCUGCGGCGGCGGUACUGGGCGUCGCGCCUCGACUUCUGGCCCUUCCUCGCGCUCUACGCGCUCUGGCUGCUGCUCGCCGUCCCCGCGCUCGACUUCACUGACGCGCUCAUCGUCCUCGCGGCGCUCUCCGCUGCCCACAUCCUCGCCUUCCUCUUCACCGCCUGGUCCGUCGACUUCCGGGCCUUGGUCGGAUACUCCAAGGUCAAGGAUAUCCAUGCGGCUAAUGCGUGCAAGGUGACUCCCGCAAAGUUCUCUGGGUCCAAGGAGAUUGUGCCCCUGCACAUACGGAGAAAUGUGGCCUCGUCUUCGGCUGCAGGAGAGAAUGAGGAGAUUUACUUUGACUUUCGGAAGCAGAGGUUCAUCUACUCGGCGGAGAAAGAUAACUUUUUAAAACUCCGGUACCCAACAAAGGAGCUGAUCGGCAAUUAUGCCAAGGGCACUGGUUUUGGAACUGAGGCCAAGAUUAACACUGCUGUGGAUAAAUGGGGUAGAAACAUAUUUGAGUAUCCACAGCCCACAUUUCAGAAAUUAAUGAAGGAGCAAAUCAUGGAACCAUUUUUUGUUUUCCAGGUUUUCUGCGUUGCUCUUUGGACCCUGGACGAGUAUUGGUACUACAGUUUGUUUACACUCUUCAUGCUUUUCCUGUUUGAGUCUACUAUGGCAAAGAAUAGACUGAAGACAUUGACUGAGCUAAGACGUGUGAAAGUUGAUAAUCAGAUUGUGUUGACCUAUAGAUGUGGAAAAUGGGUUAAAAUCCCUGGAACUGAACUACUACCUGGAGAUAUUGUGUCAAUAGGUCGCUCAACUAGUGGUGAAGAUAGAUCUGUACCAGCAGAUAUGCUAUUGUUAGCUGGGUCUGCAAUAGUAAAUGAAGCUAUUCUUACAGGAGAAUCUACUCCACAGUGGAAGGUUUCAAUUGCUGGCCGUGGUCCUGAGGAAAUGCUAUCUAUAAAGCGGGAUAAAAACCAUAUCCUAUUUGGUGGCACUAAGAUAUUGCAACACACUGCAGAUAAGUCCGUAAAUCUUCGAGCACCUGAUGGUGGUUGUGUAGCCUUUGUAUUGAGAACUGGAUUUGAGACUAGCCAAGGGAAAUUGAUGAGGACCAUUUUAUUCUCAACUGAGAGGGUUACUGCAAACAACAAGGAAAGUGGCUUGUUUAUACUCUUUUUGCUCUUCUUCGCCAUUAUUGCGUCCGGUUACGUGCUUAUGAAGGGACUCGAGGACCCGACAAGGAGCAGAUACAAGCUUUUAUUGAGUUGUUCGUUGAUUAUUACUUCAGUGAUACCCCCUGAACUACCAAUGGAGCUCUCCAUUGCAGUCAACACAUCUUUAAUUGCAUUAGCUCGGCGUGGUAUUUUCUGCACAGAGCCAUUCAGAAUACCAUUUGCUGGAAAGGUUGACAUAUGCUGCUUCGAUAAGACGGGGACUCUGACAUCAGAUGAUAUGGAAUUUCAAGGUAUUGUUACAUUGGAAGGUGAUGAUGAGCUAAUAUCUGAUGCAAAUAAGCUGCCCCUCCGAACUCAAGAAGUGCUUUCCAGUUGCCAUGCAUUGGUAUUUGUCGAUAACAAACUGGUCGGUGAUCCCCUUGAAAAGGCUGCCAUAAAGGGCAUAGACUGGAUCUACACAUCUGAUGAGAAGGCCAUGUCUAAAAAGCCUGGUGGUCAACCUGUACAGAUUGUGCACAGGUUCCAUUUUGCUUCUCACUUGAAGAGAAUGUCUGUUGUCGUCCGUAUUCAGGAGAAAUUUUAUGCUUUCAUCAAGGGUGCACCAGAGACCAUCCAAGAGAGAUUAGUUGAUUUACCUGCUGCAUAUGUGGAGACAUACAAGAAAUACACGCGGCAGGGUUCUCGGGUCUUGGCUCUUGCAUAUAAAUUGCUUCCUGAGAUGCCUGUUAGUGAAGCUAGAAGUCUGGAAAGGGAUCAAGUAGAGAGCGACUUAACAUUUGCUGGUUUUGCGGUCUUCAACUGCCCUAUAAGGAGCGACUCUGGUGCCGUCUUACAAGAACUAGGACAAUCUUCCCAUGACUUGGUCAUGAUUACUGGAGACCAAGCGUUGACUGCCUGCCAUGUUGCUAGCCAAGUACAUAUAUCUUCCAAACCUGUUUUAAUUUUGACACGGAUGAAGACUGGUGGUUUUGAGUGGGUUUCACCAGAUGAAACUGAUAGAGCUCCUUACAGUGCUGUGGAGGUUGCAGGGUUAUCAGAAUCACAUGACCUUUGUAUUAAUGGGGACUGCUUUGAAAUGCUACAAAGUACUGAGGCUGUUCUCCAGGUUAUUCCUUAUGUGAAGGUUUUUGCACGUGUUGCUCCAGAGCAGAAAGAACUUGUACUGACUACAUUCAAAAGUGUUGGGAGAGUUACACUGAUGUGUGGAGAUGGAACCAAUGAUGUUGGUGCACUGAAGCAGGCACAUGUUGGAGUAGCUCUUUUGAAUGCUGAACCAGUUCAGAAAGCCGACUCAAAAUCCAAAGCUGAAAAUAAAUCUGGGAAAUUGAAAAAACAGAAGCCUGCUAAUGAAGCAUCAUCACAAGUGGCGGCAGCUACCAGUUCUGCUAAAGCAUCAAGCAGCCGCCCCUUGACUGCUGCUGAGAGGCAGCGAGAAAAGCUGCAGAAGAUGUUGGACGAAAUGAAUGAUGAAAGUGACGGUCGUUCGGCACCGAUUGUGAAGCUUGGGGAUGCUUCUAUGGCCUCACCUUUCACAGCAAAGCAUGCCUCCGUUGCCCCCACUCUUGACAUCAUCCGCCAGGGGAGAAGCACCCUAGUCACCACACUUCAAAUGUUCAAGAUUCUUGGACUCAACUGCCUUGCAACAGCAUACGUUCUCAGUGUCAUGUACCUGGACGGUGUCAAACUCGGCGAUGUUCAGGCUACAAUCAGCGGUGUCUUCACUGCAGCCUUCUUCCUCUUCAUCUCCCAUGCUCGGCCACUCCAAACGCUGUCCGCAGAGCGGCCUCACCCUAACAUAUUCUGUGCAUAUGUUCUGCUCUCCAUUCUCGGUCAGUUUGCCAUGCACAUAUUCUUCCUGAUCACGGCUGUCAACGAAGCAUCCAAGCAUAUGCCAGAGGAAUGCAUUGAACCUGACUCAGACUUCCAUCCGAACCUUGUGAACACAGUUUCAUAUAUGGUGAACAUGAUGAUCCAGGUGGCAACCUUUGCUGUAAACUACAUGGGUCAUCCAUUCAACCAGAGCAUCUCCGAGAACAAGCCCUUCAAGUAUGCAUUGUAUGGAGCGGUUGCUUUCUUCACAGUGAUCACUUCGGAUAUGUUCAGGGAUCUGAAUGACUACAUGAAACUGGAACCAUUGCCAGAAGGAAUGAGGGGCAAACUGAUGCUUUGGGCAAUGCUUAUGUUCUGUGGAUGCUAUGGGUGGGAGCGGCUUCUGCGAUGGGCUUUCCCAGGGAAGAUGCCGUCAUGGGAGAAGCGUCAGAAACAGGCAGUUGCAAACCUGGAGAAAAAGCGUGACUAGAAUUUUCUCCAUUUUUGGUUCUCCGCACAAUCAUUCUUUACACUUUACCCCUCAAAUGGCUAUUUCUUAAGAGGCACCAAUCUUGUCACUAGUCUAGUGAUCAUAUUCUGGCAUAGCUGCAAUCUAAUCUGUAGCUUAGGGGAAUUUUGAGCGUGUGUAGGCCCGAAAGAUAGGAGGAUACAGGAUGGACACUUCAAAUACAUGUCAGGAUAAAAAAUUUCAGGUACCAUAUAUGUAAGCUAAUAUUAGAUGGCAUGAAUAUUGUACAAUGCAUACAGAUAACCUAUGUUAGGCUUUUACUGUUGAAGCACUGAUAUUACUAGCCCAUUUGAGGUA